GAUGCGUGCGCGCAACUACGACGAAGGACCACGUCUUUGUGAACACGUGCUACUGUAUUUUCGUUACAAACAAAGCGUCGUGACGCGAAGGUAACGACUGCUGCCCGUCGAAAGAGAAUUCCUCUUUUAAAGAGUUAAAAAGAUUAUGGGCGUGCUUAGGAUGAAGCCGAUGCGGUUCUUGGGGCCAAAUGUGUACCCCAAACAUCCUGACGGUGGCUGGGGCUGGGUAGUGGCCGUGGCCUUUUUUGUGGUGGAAAUGUUCACGUAUGGCACCAUCAAGAGUUUCGGCAUCUUCCUCCAGGACCUGAUGGAGGAGUUUGGAGAAACCAACAGCCGAGUAUCAUGGAUUGUUUCUAUAUGUGUCUUUGUAAUGACCUUUAAUGGUCCUAUCUCAUCUGUGAUGACAACUCGUUUUGGGUUCCAGCCCGUUGUUAUGCUUGGAGGAUUACUAAUAUCAUCUGGAACUAUAGCAACCAGCUUUUGUACUUCUGUUAAUCUAAUGUACCUCACGUAUGGAAUAGUUGCAGGAUUUGGUUACUGCCUGACGUUCUUACCGACUGUGACCAUCUUAUCCCAGUACUUUGAUCGUCAGCGGUCUUUGGUCACUGCUUUAGCCUCCACUGGGGAGUCACUGUCCAUGUUUGCCUUGGCACCAGCUUUUUCUGCAUUGAGGGAUAAAAUUGGCUGGAGACACACUUUGGCAGUGAUAGGAGCUUUGCAGAGCAUUAUUAUUUUAUGUGGUGCUAUGCUGCGGCCAAUCAUCAUUGAUCCAAAUUUCAAAAAGGAAACUGAAAACACAAAAACCUCACAAAAAGAGACAAAUGAAGAGGAUUCUGUGAAACAUAAACUCUCUUACAGCCAGGAGAAUGAGUUGACUGGAGACUCUGGUAUCCAAUCUCUGAAAGACAGCGAUAUUAACAGCCCUGAAGUCAAGACUUUAUUAGAGAAAAGUACCGAAAAUAAAUAUGUGCAAAACAGCGAGCAAACACAAAACAAAGAUAUUGAUGAUCAGACACAACCAAAAAGUGAAAACCUUGCUGCCAAGAAAUCCAAACUUUUAGAUUUCUCCGUCCUCAAAGAACACAGCUUCAUCUUCUACUCUCUGUUUGGACUCUUUGCAACUCUUGGCUUUUUUGCUCCACAACUUUACAUUAUAGAGCUUAGUGUAAGUUGGGGCAUUGAACGGGAUCGUGCUACUUACAUGCUCUCCAUAAUGGCAGUGGCGGAAAUUCUGGGUCGUUUCUCCAUCGGCUGGAUCCUGACCAGACCCUGCUUGAUGAAGAGGAAGUUGCUGGUGCUACUGAGCUGUAUAGUUAUAAUGACAGCAGAUCUGAUUGGAUUCACUUUGGUGAGAGAGUUCUAUGGCCUGGCUGUGUGCUGUGCAUUAUAUGGCUUUUUCAUGGGGACUGUUGCCUGCACCCACAUCCCCUUAUUAGCAGAGGAUGAUGUUGUGGGAAUAGAACGAAUGUCUGCAGCUGCUGGAGUAUAUGUCUUCAUACACAGUUUUGCUGGAUUGGCUGGUCCCCCACUUGGAGGGGUGUUGGUGGAUGUCACGAACAACUAUGGAUCAGCUUUCUACUCCUGUGCUGCUGGUAUGGCUUUGAGUGCUGUAUUCCUGGCUUUAGUGCGGCCUGCGAAAAGAGGGUUAAUUUGCAAAACAAGAAAUUCAAAAUGCCCUGAUUCCACACAACAGGGAGCUAAGAACAUAAAGGAUUCUAUCACUAACAAUGUUUCUCAGGAAAAUGUAGCUUUGGAAGCAGCCUGUAAUGAGGAGGCCACACAAAUUGACUAGAAUGUUCAAACUUAAUUUGACCGUUAGACCAAGAAAUGGUCUUGGACUGCUGCUCCUAUAAUGAAAUGAUUACACCAAGUUACAUUUUACAUGUUGGUAAGUAUGUAUUAAUAUUAUAUUAUUAUUAUUUUUACCAAUUACAUAUGCGGCAAACAGUUCAUCCGAAAUGUUCAGAUAAACAAUACUAUUACAACCGUGCAAGUUUAAAUAUAAAAAGGUUUUAAGAUUUCUGACUAAGCUAUACAAAAAGCACAUAAUUGUUAAAACUUGACAAACUACAAACCUGCUGCCUAUAGUGCCAUAGAUACAUACUGUGAAAUACUGUAGUAACACGCACAUGAAGUUUUACUUUUUUUCUCUAGCAAUAAAAUGUUAAUUUAUAACUGCAUACACAUCAAUCUCAGGACGUGAUUUUGUACCUAAUCAUACUUUUUGUGCUAAUGUUUUUUUAUCAAUUAGUUGUAUUCUAUCAGCUAAUAAAGGCACAUUAUACAGUAUGUUAAAGGUAAUUUACAAAGAGGCUAUAUUUAUAAGAAAAUUUCACCACAAUAAAGGUUUUUAUUAUUUAAAUACUAA